CACCCACCUCCAAAACAUUUAUCAGAACUUUCUUAUUUUGAGUCCCAUCCCCUAUUUUCAUAAACUUAUACUUUAAUUUGAAAUAAAUUCUCAUUCCCUCUCUCGAAUCCGUGCCAAACACCCUAGAAUACUUUUUGUUGUCUACUUUUGCACUACUGGUUCUUCCUUUGAAGUCUUCUUCCAUUUGUAUUAAAAAACCAAUCAUAUAAAAUUUACUGUUGCAAAACAAUGGCUACUUCAAGCACUAAAACUAAAAAAGAAGUUGCAAUUCGUAUUUCACCUCAAACAAAUGAGCAAUCUCCCAAAAUGGGUCCUCAAAAUGAUGAAUUUGAAUCGAAACCCACAAAUUAUUUUUCUCAAUCUCCUGAAAGUUUCAAUUCUAAUCCAAUUCCAAGCCCUAAUAAACCCCCUCUAUACCCAACCCCAGAUUCCCCUUUAAGAAAGAGACAAUCAUUUAAGAAUAGAACUAGAUUUGGUGAACCUUCACUUCCUCUUGAUUCUCAAUCCUUGGAACAAAUUGCAAAUUCCCCUAGAUUUUCAACCCAAUCUUCUUUCAAAGAGAAAACUCCAAAGGAAGCUUCUAGAAGGUCAAACAUGGAAGAAGGAAAAGAGAAGGAGAAAAAGAAAGAAAACCCAGAUGAGAAUGAGAUUUACAGAAGAGUAACUUCUCAAUUAAGUGCUAGAAAAAGUUGGAAAAUGACCAUAAAAUUACUACUUGAAUUUCUUGUUUUUUUGUCCAUUUUAAGCUGUUUGAUUUGUAGUUUAACAAUUGAAAGUUUUAAGGGCAAAAAGUUUUGUGAGUUAGAACUAUGGAAAUGGUUUGCCCUUUUAUUAGUAGUCUUUUCUGGGUUAUUGGUUUCAGGAUGGUUUGUGCAUUUAAUUGUGUUUUUAAUUGAAUGGAAAUUCCUUUUAAAGAAAAAUGUUGUCUAUUUUACUCAUGGGCUACAAACCAAUGUUCAAGUUUUCUUAUGGAUUUCUGUUGUUAUUAUUACAUGGGUUGUUUUGUUUAAACAUGAUUCAAAAAAUGCCCCAAAUAUGAGCAAAAAAAUGAAGAAUUUACUUGAUUUCAUGACUUGGACUAUUGCUACAUUACUUAUAGGUUCAUUUUUAUGGCUAGUUAAGACUACAUUGAUCAAAAUAUUAGCCUCAUCUUUUCACUUGAAUAGGUUUUUUGAUAGGAUUCAAGAGGCUGUUUUUCAUCAUUAUGUGCUCCAAACACUAUCAGGAAGUCCUUUAGUUGAGAUGGGUAGGAAUCUUAGUAGGGAGGAAAGCCAAUUAAGCCAUGAUACUCAAGUUAGUUUUAGGGAACAUAUGGGUGAUCAUACUGAGAAUAAGGUUGUUGAUUGGGGAAAAUUGCACCAAAUGAAGAAGGAAAAGGUUCCUUCUUGGACUAUGAAAUUGUUGGUUGAUGUGAUCUCGAAUUCGGGUUUGUCUACAAUGUCUAGUAUUCUUAAUCAAGAUGUUGUUGAAGGAGGAGUUGAGUUGGAUGAUGAUGAAAUUAGUUGUGAAGAGGAGGCUAUUGCAACUGCUGUUAGGAUUUUCUACAAUGUGAUUGGUGAUAAGAUUGAAUUGUACAUAGAUAAAUGUGAUCUCCAUAGGUUCAUGAUUUGGGAAGAGGUGUCUUUGAUUUAUCCAAAUUUUGAUGUCAAUGAAAAAGGGCAAGUUGAUUUGAAAGCUUUUUCUAAAUGGGUGGUUAAAGUUUAUAAAGAUCGGCAAGCACUUAAACACGCUUUGAACGACAACAAAACUGCUGUAGAUGAGUUCAACAAGCUACUGAAUGCAAUCCUGAUCAUUAUAAUCAUAAUCCUAUGGCUUCUUCUGACUGAAAUUGUUACUACAAAAAUUCUUCUGUUCUUCUCUUCUCAACUACUUGUAGCAGUUUUUGUGUUUGGAAACACUUGCAAGACCAUUUUUGAAGCAAUUAUAUUUGUUUUCGUUAUGCAUCCAUUCGAUGUGGGUGAUCGAUGUGUCAUUGAUGGAUCAUUGAUGAUCGUUGAAGAAAUGAAUAUCUUAACAACCGUAUUUUUGAAAAUCGACAAAGAAAAGGUAUAUUAUCCCAACGCAGUUUUAGCCACGAAAGCAAUUGGAAACUAUUACCGGAGUCCAGAUCAAGGCGAUAGUUUAGAGUUUGGAAUCGAUUAUAAAACCCCAUUGCCAAAGAUCGGAGAGCUAAAAGAACGAAUAAAACAGUACGUAGAAAAAACGCCUCACUAUUGGCACCCAGAUCAUAGUUUGGUUGUCAAAGAGAUCGAGAACGUAAAUAAGAUGAAAAUGGCUCUGUUUUUCACUCAUACAAUGAACUUCCAAGACGUUGUUGCAAAGGGCCAGCGAAAAACCGAGUUUGUGUUGGAGUUGAAGAAAAUAUUUGAUGAUUUAGAAAUCUCAUAUCAUCUACUGCCCCAGGAGAUUCAUAUUGCAAAAAUGCCCUGAUUUGUCUGAUUUUUACAAAUGUCACAGGAGCAUUCUAUUGAAGAGCUUUAUGAUUGCGGUUAUGAAGUUGAGAUUAAUACAGAUUGGAGCGACAUCGAUCCUGGCCGUGAUUUUGUUGCUUGUCCAUUCUACUUGGUUGAAGGAUUAUGUUGCAUAUACUUUAGAUGGAUUGCUCCGGAGGGUACCAAAUGACAGAGAUAAUUAAUAAUACGGCUUGAAAAAGAAAAAUAAGAGCUUAAAGAUGAGAUAUUUAAUCUCAAGAGACAAAUAGUGAUAUGUCACAUAGGAAAGAAGAGACUGAAAGGAUUAUGAGAAAAUUUAAGAAGCAAUCUUAAUUAGCGGCGAUGGUUUAACUUAACGAAUGAACUAUGUAAUUUGAUAUGGAUUCGUUGAACAUGAAUGAAAUUGUGUUGAAUCUUCGAGAGCAUUUUCCCUAUUUGAAUAUGAUUGUCUGUUUGAUUUUGA